AUGGACAAACACAGCGAGCAAUCAGCAAGGGAGCUCGAAGAGCUUCAGAGACGCCAAGACUCGAUGGACAAAGAGCAAUCGGAUCGGCUUCAGAAGCUUGAGGAGGAGGUCGCAAAAGAUGUGAGCCAGGUGAGACGACAACUACACGACCUCCGGACUCAGCGCACGGGCACUUCCGUCAAGACUCAGGUAGCACCACCGGAGGCUCUUUACAAGGUCAAAUUGGAAGAGCUGCUGAAAGAAACUGGCUUGAAGCAGAGAUUGAGCAAGCUCGAGUCGAACAACGAGCUUUCACGGAUCAGAUUCAGAUUGACGUCCUUGGAGCAACGGUUUCAUCACGCUGGAACACUUCAACAAAAGCUGGGAGAAUCACAUGGAGUGCAGAGUGUCAAGGGCCGCAGCGUGCCAUUGAGCACGGGCCAAACGCUGGGGCGAACGCUGGGGCGAACGUGCUCCCCUGCACGCAAUCACGCUGCAUCCUGCAACGGGAUUAUGGAACAUUGCCCGCAAUUGGAGGCCUUGCAGCAGCAGAUGGAAGGGACGACACAAGCUCAAGCCUCCUUACAAGCGCAGGUAGCGGGUGAGUUUGCAAUGUACUCCCAAAAAAUUGAGAGUCUUGAGGCAGCAUGUGCUAAGCACGGAAGGGAGAUGGCAGAAGCUCACACUUCCUUCUCAGAGCAGCAGAAGUUUCAGGACGGCACAGUGCAAUUGAUCCAGGAUGAAGUGCGCUAUGUUCAG